CUCAGGAAGGGCUGCUCUGCUGGUUCAUUUCUCAAGCUCUCUUGCCAGUGACCACGGCAAGGUGUGUGAGUUGGAUUGCUGGAAUCAUGAACUGUUUGAAGGGAGUCCUUCUCUUCUGGACUGCUCUUGUGUGUGGGAAAGGAAAAGACAUCCCUGAGGAGAACCCCAUCAUUGGAUUUCAAGAAUGCAGGAGAGCCUUGAAUCUCUCUGUUCUGGAGGUAUUACCCGGUGGGGGCUGGGAUAAUCUGAGGAACGUGGACAUGGGAAGGGUGCUGAACUUGCAAUACAGAAAUUGUCGGACCACGGAAGAUGGAGAAUACAUCAUCCCGGAUGAAAUCCUGACAAUUCCCCGGAAGCAGAGCAACUUGGAGAUGAAUUCUGAAAUCAUCGAGUCUUGGAAGAAUUACCAAAGUACCACCUCCUCUUCCAUCAACGCAGAGCUCUCCCUCUUCUCCAUGGCCAACGGCAAGUUCUCCAGUGAGUUCCAGAGGAUGAAAACUCAUCAGGUGAAGGAACAAGCUGUAACUACCAGGGUCCAGGUGAGAAACCUGGUCUACACGGCCAAAGUUAAUCCCAUUUCCUCAUUAAGCAGGGGAUUCAAGAAAGAGCUGUUGGAUAUCUCUGAUCGAUUGGAAAAUAACCAGACUCGAAUGGCCAAUUUCAUGGCAGACCUCCUGGUCCUCAGCUACGGAACUCAUGUCAUCACCAGCGUGGAUGCCGGAGCUAUCUUAGUACAGGAGGACCAGAUCAGGGCUUCCUUCUUGGAUGACAGCCAGAGUACCCGUAGUAGCAUUACUGCGUCUGCUGGGGUCGCCUUCCACAAUAUCAUUAAUUUCAAACUAGAAGAUGCUCAUAUUUCCCAGGAGGUUUUCCACAGGAACUACAUUUCCAACCGAACCAAUUCGAGGGUCGCAAGCCUCGGCGGGGUCUCUUUUUACCCAGGUAUCACCCUGGAGGGCUGGCAGAAGGGCAUCGCCAACCACUUGGUGGCAAUAGACCGCUCGGGUUUGCCCCUGUAUUUCUUCAUCAAUGCCGACACUUUGCCCGAUUUGCCAGCCCCCUUGGUGAAGAAGCUAUCCAAAACCGUGGAAGCUGCGGUGAGGCGGUACUACACCUUCAACACCUAUCCCGGCUGCACCGACAGAGAUUCCCCCAACUUUAAUUUCCAAGCCAAUACGGACGAUGGGUCGUGUGAAGGGAAAAUGACCAACUUCACCUUUGGGGGAGUUUACCAGGAGUGUACCCAGACCUCGGGGACGGAGGCCAUGCUUCUGUGCCCUGAACUCGAGCAGAAGAAUCCACUCACCGGCGGAUUCUCCUGCCCAGAAAAUUACUCGCCGGUCCUGUUACAUUCCCAUUUUAGAGAGGAAGGCUACAACUUCCUGGAAUGCCACCGAAAAUGCAGCCUGUGGGUUUUCUGUAGGAAAGAAUGUGAAGAUGUCUUUCGAGUGGCAAGGGCUGAAUUCAAAGGUUUCUGGUGUGUGGCAAAGGGCCAGGUCCCCGAGAAUUCAGGCUUCCUUUUCGGGGGUCUCUUUAGUAGCAAGACCAUCAAUCCUGUGACCAAUGCCCAGUCAUGUCCAGCUGGCUAUUUGCCACUGAGGCUCUUGAACGGCCUCCAUGUUUGCAGCAGCCAAGACUACGAGCUGGGCUACCGGUUCUCUGUGCCUUUUGGUGGUUUCUUCAGCUGUGACAUGGGGAAUCCUUUGGUGAACUCAUCCCAGCUCAGGAAUCAAGGUGGCCCUUACCUGAAAAAAUGCCCAGCGGGUUUCAGCCAACACCUGGCUCUGAUCAGCGAUGGCUGCCAAGUAUCGUACUGUGUCCAGGCGGGGCUCUUUACCGGGGGCUCUCUGCCACCUGCAAGGCUCCCUCCCUUCUCCAGACCACCUCUCAUGAGUCAGGCUGCCACGAACACUGUGAUGGUUAUCAGCGGCGAGAGCGAGAAGUCCUGGAUCAAGGACUCCAGCACCCAUCUGUGGAAGCUGGCAGAUCCUUCUGAGAUCCGUAGGAUCAGAGAUGUCAUCCACGAAUCCAACAGUGGUUUAUCCGGUGGGGCAACGGCUGGCAUCACAGCUGGUGUGACUGUUGUUCUGGCAGCCCUGAUCACCCUGGCCAUUUAUGGCACUCGUAGGUAUAAGAAACGGGAGUAUGAAGAAGUAGGAGAAGAGAAUAAGAAUUUGAUAGGAGCCACUGCUGAAUAUAGGGUAUCAAGGGAAGGGGAGGACACAAGUGAGCUAACACAGGAUCAGUGUCCUUCGCUGGUUUAAAUUUCUGCCUGGGAAUCCUUUGACUUAAUCCCUGUAUAAAGUUCUGAGCUUCUUCUCA